CGCUCUCUCUCUCUCUCUCUCCACAGACACGCCGAGAGGACAACGAAGGUGGUUUUGGUGCUUCUUUGGAGGUUUUCGUGAGCGACUUUUGGAGGCUGUGAUUUUUUGUUGUAGUUGCUAUCAUGGUGAGAAAGAGACGGACUGAUCCUCAGGCUGGAGGUGGUAGCGGUGGUGGUGGUGGCGGCGGUGGUGAGGGAUCGGAGACUCAGGAAACUGCUGGACGUGGUGCUCCACAACGACCGCCACAGCAGCCACAGCAACCACAGCAACCACCGGCCCCGCAGCAGCAUCCAGGAGGAAUGCAAGGAAGAGGUUGGGCUCCCCAGCGAGGAGGUUAUGGUGGUCGAGGUGGACGAGGUGGCAGAGGACCUUCACAGCAGCCAUACUAUGGUGCACCUCCAGAGUAUCAACAAGGGCGAGGUGUCCCACAAUAUCCUCAAGGGGGUUCAUACCGCCCUGGCCCGUAUGUAGGUGGCCGUGGACCGCCACCUUCUUCUGGCGGACCAUCUAGGCCAAUUGGUUCCGAGCUGCACCAAGCUACGCAGUCUCCAUAUCAAGCUGCACCAAGUCAUACAAGUCCAUAUGGGAGCACUUCGGAGGCACUUCAAGGGGCUAGCUCUUCAUCCCAGGUCCCUCCACCAGCACCCCAAGAAGUUACUGAGCAGUUUGAACAGCUUUCUCUGCAGAAGGAGGUGGCUCCAAGCACUGAAUUGGCACCUGUUUCAAGCAAGUCAGUUAGAUUUCCUUUGAGGCCGGGAAAGGGUAAUAUUGGUACAAGGUGUAUUGUGAAGGCAAACCAUUUCUUUGCUGAGCUACCUGACAAAGACUUGCAUCAAUAUGAUGUUUCUAUCAUACCAGAGGUCACUUCCCGUGGUGUUAAUCGAGCUGUGAUGAAGCAAUUAGUGGACCUGUACAAGGAGGCUCAUCUGGGUGGGAGGCUUCCUGCCUAUGAUGGAAGAAAGAGUCUUUACACUGCAGGGCCUCUGCCUUUUGCAUUGAAGGAGUUCAAAAUAACCCUCAUUGAUGAUGAAGAUGGUCCAAGUGGUGCCAGGAGAGAGAGGGAGUUCAAGGUUGUUAUCAAGUUUGCUGCACGGGCUGAUUUGCAUCAUUUAGGCAUGUUUUUACAGGGUAGACAAGCAGAUGCACCACAAGAAGCCCUUCAGGUUUUGGACAUUGUUCUGCGUGAACUACCCACAACUAGGUACUAUCCUGUAGGUCGGUCCUUCUAUUCCAGUGCCCUUGGUGGUAGGCAGCCUUUAGGUGAAGGGUUGGAAAGUUGGCGUGGUUUCUAUCAGAGCAUUCGGCCGACUCAAAUGGGUUUAUCCCUGAAUAUUGAUAUGUCAUCCACUGCUUUUAUUGAGGCGCUCCCAGUAACUCAGUUCGUCUCAGAUCUCCUGAACAGGGAUGUCUCAUCUAGGCCCUUAUCUGAUGCAGACCGUGUCAAGAUCAAGAAAGCUCUUAGAGGUGUGAAAGUAGAGGUCACACAUCGUGGAAAUAUGCGAAGGAAAUACCGUAUUUCUGGCUUGACUUCACAAGCAACAAGGGAACUCACAUUUCCGGUUGAUGAGCGAGGUACCAUGAAAUCGGUGGUAGAGUACUUCGUGGAGACAUAUGGCUUUGUUAUUCAACAUACUCAAUUGCCUUGUCUACAAGUUGGAAAUACCCAGAGGCCAAACUAUCUUCCAAUGGAGGUGUGCAAGAUAGUGCAGGGACAGCGCUACUCAAAGAGGUUAAAUGAACGGCAAAUUACUGCCCUUCUGAAAGUCACUUGCCAGCGUCCAAAAGACAGGGAGGCUGACAUAGUUAAGACUGUACGCCACAAUCAAUAUUCUGGUGAUAAGUAUGCUAAUGAAUUUGGAAUCAAAAUUAGUGAGAAUCUGGCACAGGUUGAAGCUCGUGUCCUGCCUGCACCAUGGCUUAAAUAUCAUGAUUCGGGCAGGGAGAAAGAUUGCCUUCCCCAAGUUGGGCAGUGGAAUAUGAUGAAUAAGAGGAUGGUAAAUGGUGGCACAGUGAACAGUUGGAUGUGCCUCAACUUUGCUCGGAACGUGCAGGAUAGUGUAGCCCGCACUUUCUGUCAUGAGCUUGCCCAAAUGUGCAUGACAUCUGGCAUGACUUUUAAUCCCGAACCUGUAUUGCCAGUUAUGAGCGGCCGUCCAGAUCUUGUGGAACGAGUGCUAAAAGCUAGGUUUCAUGAUGUCAUGACCAAAUUGCGGCCUCAUAAAAAGGAGCUGGACUUGCUCAUCGUUAUAUUGCCUGAUAACAAUGGAGCUCUUUAUGGGGAUCUGAAGCGCAUAUGUGAAACGGAUCUCGGCAUUGUCUCACAAUGCUGUCUACAGAAGCAUGUGUAUAGGAUGAGCAAGCAAUAUCUUGCAAAUGUUGCUCUAAAGAUCAAUGUAAAAGUUGGCGGGAGGAAUACAGUCCUGGUCGAUGCUCUCUCGAGGCGCAUACCACUUGUCAGCGAUCACCCUACUAUCAUUUUCGGCGCCGAUGUUACCCAUCCCCAUCCUGGAGAGGAUUCUAGUCCCUCAAUUGCUGCUGUUGUUGCCUCCCAGGAUUGGCCUGAAGUUACAAAAUAUGCUGGCUUGGUUUGUGCCCAAGCUCAUAGGCAGGAGCUCAUCCAGGAUUUGUACAAGACAUGGCAGGAUCCAACUCGGGGAGCAAUGCAUGGUGGCAUGAUAAUGGAACUGCUAAUCUCAUUUCGAAGGGCUACUGGACAGAAACCACAGAGGAUCAUUUUCUAUAGGGACGGUGUCAGCGAGGGCCAGUUUUAUCAAGUACUGCUUUAUGAACUUGAUGCAAUUAGAAAGGCCUGCGCUGCUCUCGAGCCAAACUAUCAGCCCACUGUUACCUUUGUUGUGGUUCAGAAACGUCACCAUACUAGAUUAUUUGCUAACAACCACAAUGAUAGGCAUGCUGUUGAUCGAAGUGGAAACAUUUUGCCUGGAACUGUUGUGGAUUCAAAGAUCUGCCACCCUACUGAAUUUGAUUUUUACCUUUGUAGUCAUGCUGGAAUUCAGGGCACCAGUCGGCCUGCCCAUUACCAUGUUCUGUGGGAUGAGAACAAAUUCACUGCCGAUGCCCUCCAGAGUCUGACUAACAACCUUUGCUACACCUAUGCUAGGUGCACUCGAUCUGUCUCCAUAGUGCCUCCUGCUUACUAUGCCCAUUUGGCUGCUUUCCGCGCUCGCUUCUACAUGGAGCCGGAAACAUCUGACAGUGGGUCGAUGUCGAGUGGUGCAGUUGGCGGCCGUGGCGCAGGUGGUGCAGCAAGGGGCACUAGGGCUCCUGGUGCAGGGGCUGCCAUCCGACCUCUGCCUCAGCUCCGGGAGAACGUCAAGCGGGUGAUGUUCUACUGCUAAUUUAAAGCGAUGGAACCUUUUAAAUUAUUAUUAUUAAAAACCUAAUUUCCUUUCUGCUGGAUUUGGAUUUGGAUUUGAGACUUUUGCUGUGUGUGAUAUGUUAUAAUUAUAAUUAUGGUGUGUAUGUCAUGUCAACUUGAUUGAUGGAUGAUGAUUGAUGCCUAUAUUAUAUGCUAUAUUUGAUGCUGAAUUUCUUCA